GAAGCACGUUUUGUUUAGUUCACCGGUUUCAGGCAAUGUUAUUCAAAAAUAAAAUUAUUUUUUACAUUGCAGACAUAAUUUAAAGAAAUGGCUGCAAAUUUCCUAACCGCUCUCAAGCACAUACAAUUAGAAACGAAGAAUUCUGAUUUAAAUAAAUCAUGUCAACAACUAGCUGAUGCACUAAGGAAGAAUGCCGUAGACAUAGAGGGUGCAAUCCAAAGAUUAUCAGAAUUUCUCCUUGACUUUGAGGAUGCCUUGCUAUUCAGAAAUUAUUUAUCCAACAUUUUGCUGGCGCUGGUUACGCAUAAAAUACCCUUGAAGCCGGUAUUCUCUAACAAGGAGUACGAUUUGUGCUCUGACUUGGAGAAAACAAAACAUUUGGAAUAUUCAGUUGUACUUGGACUUCUGAGUGAUCACCCUGAUAUUAUUCAAUAUGCACUCAAAUAUUUCCAAAUCAAUGCCGUUCCGCCUUUUGAAGUAUUUAUCCAUCAUGAGGACUCGUACAAUGUGGCCCCAAAGAAGCGGAGACUUCUGGACUGCCGGCAGAAGAUUAGUGACUACCACAUGGUCUCCUGCUGCCAUUCUCUGCUAACCAAACUACCCAAAGAACUGUCUACUAAAUGGGAUUGGACUAAUUUUGUGAUAAACUUUAGCCAACAUGAAAAUCCACAGAUAAGAUGGAUGGUCAAAGAGUGCAUAGUCAUAUUGACAAACAUGACAGAGGCCCAAUCUAAAGUACUUUCAACCAAUCUAAGCAUAACUGAUUUCACUCCUAACAUUCCUCAUUAUGUGCCAAAAUUCAACAAUGGUGAUAAUGAUGAUUUGAGCCAACACAUUACCAAUGUAGUUAACAUUGACGGCAUCUUAUUACCCAUUUAUGAUGGAAGUAAUGUUCAGAGUGGAAAUCUGGUACCAGUUAAGUCAACACAGAAUAACUUGAGGAGUUUAGCACUUGCUGUUGCUUCAGGUAACUCACUCUGUCUCAUGGGACCAGUUGGUUCCGGUAAGACGAGCCUUGUGGAACAUUUGGCAGCUAUAACCGGGCGCAAAGGUGUCGCGUUCAAGAAGGUCCAAUUAGGAGAUCAGACGGACUCCAGGAUGUUACUAGGCUCGCACCAAUGUACUGACAUACCGGGCGAGUUUGUAUGGGCGCCGGGUGUUUUGACUGAGGCGGUCCGAGAUGGUCACUGGUUGCUUCUAGAAGAUAUUGACUGUGCUGCAUUGGAUGUGGCAUCUACACUCAGUUCACUGUUGGAGAGAAAAACCCUUUGUGUGCCGGGGUAUAGAGAUGCAUUGUCUGUUACACCUGGAUUCCAGUUGUUUGUUACCCAAAGGACCGUCGUGACCAACUACGGAUUUCAAAAGAAGUUAUCGAACUCAAGUGCGUUACUUCAAAAACAUUUAACGCAAAUAAACGUCGAGCCUCUCUCGAGGUCCGAAAUGGCAGAAAUCAUACAAAUAAAGUUUCCCAGUCUUACAACAAUAUCGCCCAGAAUGAUAGAAGUGUUCAUGAUGUUUUCCAUGGGUAGCCACGACUCGUCGUUACAGAAUCUGGAGUCGACAGAAAAGGAUAACACAUUGUUGGUCAAAAGAGGUUCUAGGCUUAUAUCCACUAGGGAUCUUAUGAAGUGGUGCUCAAGAUCAGUCGUCGGUUUCAAUGUGACGUCAGCAGAAUCGGCUCUAAAAGUCCUCCAAGAUGCCUUCGAUAUAUUCACGUCAUCGAUAUCUUCUAUAGACGACAGACUGGAGCUAGCCAAGAAAGUUGGAACGUGCUUAGGCAUUGUCGAAACGAAAACAGAGUUCUAUUUCAAGAACUACAAACCUAAUGUGUCUCUUCAUCCGAAUUCCUUAGAGGUCGGUCGAGCGUCGAUCCCAAGGUUGCACAAAACUUUGGAGCGACUAAACUUUGAGACAAAAGAUGUUGUGUUCUCUUUCACUCGCCAGUCUGCUGGGUUGCUUGAGAAAAUCGCUUGCUGUGUAGCGGCAAGUGAGCCAGUGCUAUUAGUAGGUGAAACGGGUACAGGCAAAACAUCUUCAGUGCAAUACUUAGCUAAGCAGACCGGACAUAAGCUAGUCGUAAUAAACAUGAACCAGCAAUCCGAUUCUGCCGACUUACUCGGCGGAUACAAGCCAGUGCACCUAAAGUAUAUAAUACAACCGAUAAAAAACGAAUUCCUCGACAUGUUCAAGAGUUUCUACAAUGUGGAGAAGAAUCAAAAGUUCUUGGGUCACAUAGACACGUGUUUUGAGACUGAAAAUUGGUCGGCGUUACUGACUUUGAUGAAACAAAGCCACAAGUCCGCUGUGAAUCGAAUGAAGAAUGUGAAACAACAGGAGAGACUGAAGAUUUGGCUAGCUUUUGGUUACAAAUUAGCCAAGUUAGAGCAGCAGGUUAAAGCAGAGUUGAAGUUAACCUUCGCGUUCAUAGAAGGAUCCCUUAUCAAAGCAAUGCAAGAAGGUUACUGGGUGCUUUUAGACGAAAUAAACUUAGCAUCCGCAGAAGUGUUAGAAUGUUUGGCAGGUCUUCUAGAAGAUAAAGACGAAACUAUUGAGUUACUAGAAAAAGGGGACAAGAAGCCAGUGAAAAGGCACCCUGAUUUCACAUUAUUUGCGUGUAUGAAUCCGGCUACGGAUGUAGGCAAGAAAGAUUUGCCUGUUGGUCUUAGAAAUCGCUUUACUGAGUUCUUUGUGGAUGAACUAACUGAGAGAAAUGAUCUACUUUUACUUAUCGGGGACUAUUUGCGCCAUAUGAACUUAAGCGGUGCAAUUUUAGAAGCGAUCUAUAUGUUUUACUCGUCAAUCAAGAAAGAAGCUAGACUCAACUUGGUAGAUGGCGCUGGUAAUGCCCCCCACUACUCCCUUAGAACUUUAUGCAGAGCGUUGACAGCCGCCGCUAAAGCCAAAUGUGGUACCGUGUCGCGCUCCUUAUAUGAGGCGUUCUGCCUUUCCUUCCUCACACAGUUGGACAGAAUGUCACAUCCGAAGGUUGAAGCUAUGAUAGCCAAGGCUGUCAUUGGUAAGAAAAACAUUAACGCAGUUCUAAAACAAAUCAUUCCCGAACCUAAAAGUUUGGAUCAAAACUACCUGCUAUUCGAAGGCCAUUGGAUCGCUAAAGGAAAGCUAGAUAUCAAUAUACCUGAUGACUAUAUCUUGACACCGACUGUUAGAAAAAAUCUACGUGACAUAGCCCGUAUUGUGUCACUGAGUAGACUCCCUGUAUUGUUACAAGGUGACACUUCGGUGGGCAAAACGUCUCUUAUCACUUACAUGGCUAAAGCCUCAGGAAAUUACUGUGUCAGAAUAAAUAAUCAUGAGCACACCGACUUACAAGAAUACAUAGGGUCAUAUGCCACUGACGCCAAUGGGAGUUUGGUAUUUAAGGAAGGCGUUUUGGUAGAAGCGAUGAGAAAAGGCUAUUGGAUUAUCCUUGACGAACUCAAUUUGGCUCCAAGUGAUGUUUUAGAAGCCCUUAACAGAGUGCUAGAUGACAAUAGAGAACUUUACAUCCCAGAAACUCAGGAGACGGUUAGAGCAGAUCCUAACUUCAUGCUUUUCGCGACUCAAAACCCACCAGGAUUGUAUGGAGGUAGAAAAAUGCUUUCAAGGGCGUUUAGAAAUCGUUUCGUAGAGUUACAUUUCGAUGAAAUACCCAGAAAAGAGUUGGAAACUAUUCUUCAUCAACGCUGUCAUAUACCAAUGUCUUACAGCAAGAAAAUGAUCGAAGUUAUGGCAGAAUUGCAAGUAAGAAGACGUGGCUCGGCCGCGGUGCAGGGAAAAGAUGGGUUCAUAACCCUAAGAGAUCUAUUCCGAUGGGGCCAAAGAUAUAAACACGCGUCGAAAGACAAGCUGACAGAUGAAAAAUUCUACGACUGGGAUCAGCAUAUUGCGGACGAAGGUUAUCUGGUCUUGGCCGGCAAAGUGCGACAGGCAGACGAAAGGGAGAUCAUAGUUGAAGUAAUCGAGAAACAUAUCAAAAGGAAAGUUAGUCCCAACAAUCUCUUUAGUUUGCACCAAAACACUUCCCCAGUUACAAAAUCGAUCCUAGAACUGCUAUUGAACAAUCAACUAGCAGAGUUUUCUCAUGUUGUGUGGACGUACAAUAUGCGAAGGCUGGCAGUGUUGAUAGCUAAAGCGUUUACCUUCGAUGAGCCUGUUUUAUUAGUUGGUGAAACGGGCUGUGGCAAAACAACGAUAUGCCAAGUUCUAGCGAAGUUGAGUCAAAGACAACUUCUGUCCCUAAAUUGUCACAUGCAUACGGAUAGCUCCGAUUUUCUUGGUGGGCUUAGGCCUGUACGCCAAUAUAAAAACGACGGUAGACUUUUCGAAUGGGUGGACGGACCUUUAAUAAAGGCAAUGGAAAAUGGACACUUAUUUUUAGCUGAUGAAAUAUCUCUAGCGGAUGAUAGCGUUUUGGAAAGAAUGAAUUCUUUACUUGAGCCCGAAAGACAGCUGGUGCUUUCAGAAAGAAGUUUGGAAGACAAUAAUGAUAUACUAGUGAUAACUGCACAUAAGAAUUUCCAUUUUAUCGGCACAAUGAAUCCUGGUGGAGAUUUCGGCAAGAAAGAACUUUCACCAGCGCUACGCAAUCGUUUCACUGAAAUAUGGUGCGACCACGUUACUUCCAGGAGUGAUUUAGUAGCAGUAUUAGAAAAGAGUGUAGUUAAAGGCAUCUCUUUGGGUAACCAAGAAGAUGGAAGCUCCGGUAUUGGAAACAGUAUUUUAGAUUUUACUGAUUGGUUGAAGAGUUCCGAAGUAACAAAUAAGUUUCCAUUCAGUAUACGUGAUUUGCUCUCUUGGGUUGAGUUUAUUAAUACCACAGUUAAUAAAGAACUGCUUGAUGUACCAGAAGCGUAUAUUCAUGGCGCUUGUAUGACGUUCUUAGACUGUUUUGGAACUACCUUAACUGGGCACAUAGAUACACAAACAUUGAUUGCAGUGCGUAAAAAUGCAAUAAAUUUCUUACUAGCUCAAAUUAAAAAUGUCGGUAAUGAUACUGAAGGUCUUAAAGAAGUGUUAUUUAAUAAGCAACUGAGUCUUCAAACUGCGUCAUUUAAUUCGAAAUUCGGUAUUAAGCCGUUUUAUAUAGACCUUGGAUCGUACAACAAUAAUGACGAAAAGAACUUCUCUUUUACUGCUCCAACAACUGGUUCGAAUACCCUGAGAUUAUUACGUGGCUUACAAUUGAAUAAAGCUAUCCUUCUAGAAGGAAAUCCGGGAGUUGGCAAAACCAGUUUAGUCACAGCUCUGGCAAAGUCAUCAGGCCACAAAGUUAUCCGAAUUAAUUUGAGUGACCAAACGGAUAUCACAGAUUUGUUUGGAACAGAUCUACCAACAGAAGACGGUUCGUUCGCGUUUAAAGAAGGAGCUUUUCUCAAUGCUCUUCAAAAUGGCGACUGGAUUCUACUCGACGAAUUGAAUUUAGCACCCCAAUCUGUCCUUGAGGGCUUAAACGCCUGCCUUGAUCAUCGAGGCGAAAUCUUCAUACCGGAAUUAGGAAAAACGUUUAAAGUUAAACAACAAACCAAGUUGUUUGCAUGUCAAAAUCCCUUAAAACAAGGCGGGGCCAGACGUGGUUUACCAGUAUCUUUCCUCAAUAGAUUCACACAAGUAUACAUUGAUACUCUCACUAAAGAAGAUCUUUUAUAUAUUGUUGAAGCACAUUAUAAUCAAAUACCCAAAGACAUCCUUCACAAAAUAGUAGAAUUUAAUUGCCGUGUUUCGAAAGAAAUUACUGAGUUACAAUAUUGGGGACAUAAAGGUGGUCCCUGGGAAAUGAAUCUGAGAGAUAUUCAAAGAUGGUGUGAAGCCAUGAUUAAAGAUAAGGAGGAUGGAAAAGUAACAUCGCCAGGAAAGUUUGUAGAUAUGUUAUAUGUCAACCGUAUGAGAAGCGAAGAAGAUAAAGAAAAGAUGAUUUGGACAUACAAUCAAGUGUUUGGACCUAAAUACGCUAGAAGCGAUGAAAACCCACAAUUCACUAUUAACGAUGAAGAAAUAAGAUUUGGAGAUGUAACUUUACAUAGAAAUAACGAAAGAAUGUUUAGCAACAAGUAUGCAAUAGAAUCUGAUCUGCUUUUACUCAGAAGUCAGAUGGCUUCACUAAAAGCAGUAGCUCAGAACAUAAAAAUGAAUUGGCUUUCAAUAUUAGUUGGUCCAACAGCUACUGGUAAAAGCAGCAUAGUACAAACAAUAGCUGAUUUAACGGGAAAUGAUUUACACAUAGUUCCAGUAACAUCAGCAAUGGACGUUUCUGAUCUUCUGGGAGGCUUUGAACAAGUAGAUUUUAACAGAAACUUAGAAAACUUGUAUGAUAAAAUUGAAAUAUUAACUAUCGAAACUACUAGAGCAAUUUGGUUAACAGAGAAACCUAAUAAAUGGAAGUUAAAUAAAUUAUUUAGUAACCUUUAUGAAUAUAAGAAAGCAUUAAAUGAAAAAGACACCAAUGAAAUGGAGAAAUAUAAAACUAAACUAACUUAUUUAGUAAAUCAUUGUAAUAAACUGUUAGAACUCAACAAGACUUAUAAAUAUAGAACUGAAGACGUGCAAAUUAUAAUGAGUAAAGUAAAACAUUUAGAUGGUAAAAUAUCUAAAUUAUCUUCAGUGAAUGCGGGUGGAAAAUUUGAAUGGAUAGAUUCGUUACUAGUCAAAACAAUGGAAGAAGGAUCUUGGCUGCUUUUAGACAACGUUAAUUUAACUUCAGCAGCUGUUUUAGAUAGACUUAACGGUCUAUUAGAACCAAACGGUGUGCUAAGUAUACCAGAAAGAGGUGAAACAAGUGAAAUAAAACCACAUCCUAAUUUUAGAGUAUUUUUCACUAUGGAUCCGAAGUAUGGGGAGAUUUCUAGAGCGAUGAGAAAUAGAGGUGUUGAAAUUUACUUAUUAAGGCCAGAAGAUAUGGAUCUUGGUCUGUCUGAGACGAUGGAAUACUUUGAUUUGAUUGCGCUUCUGUCUUCUUGUGGCCUUCCGAGUCAGUAUCAUGAUAUCUGCAUUAGAUGUCACGAGUCUAUGACGGCGUUUAUUCAAGGAUUUGAAAGACCAACAAUUUCACAACUCUUACAAGCAUCUCGUCUGACUUAUCAACAACUUGUGCGCGGCAUUUCAUCUAAAACGGCACUUCUGAACAGCUUCUCUGAUGUUUACAUAAAACCUAGGAGCGGUAGUGAUUUUACGUCCAAUGUAAAUAAAUCAUUAGCUGAAAUGAAAAAUGCUAUGCUUAAAGAACUACAGAAUGAACUAGAAGAAGUAUAUAAUGAUAUAGAAGAUAUCACAGGUCAUACUCUAACAGUGCAGGGUCUAACAACUAACUCUGCUCGUGAAAUAGCCAAACAAACUGCUUAUCCUAUAGUGAAACUAAAUCUAGUUGAACCCAACGUUCAGAAUACACUUCACAAUUUAUUUAAUGUCCUCAUAGGGUUCCAAAAGUGUCCAUCAGAGUAUCUAAACAUCUUCUUUAAUUCGCUAGAACAGGAUAUAAGUAACAAAAAUUUGCAAGAAUUGAUUGCAUAUACUUACAAUAAUUUAAGAAAUGAACCUGAUUUAAUUUCAUACAAACGAUAUUAUCCAGAAACAUUUAUUUUGGAUACUGAAACAACUACACAGAGUAAUAUAAGUUCGGCGUUGUUGUAUAAUAAAUUACUCAAGAAAGUUUCACAAAAUUCUAUAGUAACUAGUGGCUUUUCUGCGGCUGAUUAUGCAAACGCUGUUACAUCAGGCAAAAUCACGGAUGACUUUUCAGAAUAUCCCAUACUAAAAUAUUGUCAGACAUAUCUACAAGUAAUUGACAAUUAUAUAAUAAAGACUAUUAGAGCGUCACAGAAUUAUUUCAAUGAUAAUGUAUUGGGCCAUAUCAUGCAACUUUUGAACUGGAGGAUUAGAUUCAUAAAAAUGUGUUCACAACCAAUUUUCAUAACUAGUAAGAAUAAAAGAACGCCGAUUUUGAAGGAAGAUAUAAUUCCACUGUUGCAAGUGCAUAGUAAAUGGAUACAGAAAUAUUUACUGGAAGAGCUGUUUAAAUUACCACCAAACAAAACGUUGAAACAAAGUUUCCAACAAGAAAUAGAUAAAAUGAACAUAUAUGACGAUCAAAGCAAAACGAAACUUGUAAAAGUAACAAAGAAACUACGAAAGUUAUACGGUCAACCAAAACUUUAUAAAAACGACACGGAAUAUGAUAUUUGCAAUUCUAGAAAAGAAUUAAAUAAAAAUAUUACUAUCGAUAUGAAUCAACCUGUAGAUAAACAAUUAUACAAAGUACUUACCAACCCCGUAGGUUUCUGUACUAGUGAACUAGCAAUUGAUGUUCCAGAAGAAAAAAUAGUUAGCACACUUAAAAAUAGCAUACUUGAGUUAGUAGAAAAAGGUAAAGAUGAUAGUAUACUACAUAAAGAUGUAAAGUUACUACCAAUCAAUUUCUAUGUAAUAAAAAGAGUAUUACAACUUUUAAAACCUUAUUUGCUGCAUGAAGUGAGUGGAAUACAUGAGGAAGAAACGAAUAAUGAUCAAGAUGUGUCAGAAAUUCUGGCGAAUGUAGUCAAUUUUGGUAAGGAAGCCAAAGGAUUCCCGCCCGUACUUCUAAGUCAGUUGGAAAUUAUUCAGAAAGUUGCGAACAAGUCUGAUCCUCUGUUGAUGCAAAGAACAUCCUCCUUGAUCGCAUCGUUUUGGGACGAGUUCUACAGGCUUCUAGAGAGUUCCCCCGAUCUUUAUCCACUGUCCUUCUUCAAUGUUAACGAUUUAGUCCACUCUAAUGACGCUUUGGAAGCGAUCCCAACCAACAACAGACGGGUGCCAAGUAAUUUGCCGCUCAUGUCCUUCUAUAUUGACAAGUUGACUACAUUUUGUGAUGAAGAGAAACAUUCUCGUACUCAAUUGGCAUACAAGAAGGUAGCGUUAAGAGAUCGUGUGGACUACUCCUUACAAUUGCAAGCCUUGCAGAAUGUUUUGUGGAAGAAUAUCGGAUCUUUGGAUGUUGCUGCUGCUAUGAAGUUAAAAACCGACGCCACAUUUGAAUUAAACAAAUACGAGCAGUUAUUGAGAUAUCUUUUCCAAAGUAUUUCGACUCAACCUGAAAUCAUUGAUGAAACAGAUGAUUUAAUCAAGACAGUUUUUAAGGAACUAGAGAAUUACUUUAAAGAUUUCGUCCUUAUAGAGUUGAUUGUAAAAGCUAAUGUUGUCUAUGAAAAUCUUAAAUCUGAGUUAUUAUAUUUCCAAGAAUCAGCAACGAAAAUAAAAGUAAAGAUUUUGACUGCUCAACUCGGAUUGUUAACUAGCAUUAUUCUAGUAAGAAUAAUGUCGGAAAUAAACCCUAUAGAUCAUGUAGAAAAGUAUCGAUUGAAAAUCGAUUAUAUCGGCGAAGAUAUCGAUAUGUUUAACAUACUACUAAGCACAUACUAUAUACACGGUGUGGUAUCUGGGACUGUCAGUGAGCAAAGAAACGUGGAAAACUCCACGCAAGUGUCCAAAGAUUAUUACAAAGAAGGUACAGAGAAUAGAGAUAGACUGAAGAAGGUUCAUCCGCUUUGCUCAGUUGUAAUGGAGUUAAUAAGUAAGACAGCGGAAAAAGUUCAUAAGUAUGCCUCUGGUAAUACUUAUAGACCUAAAGAGGUGGCUUACAGCACUUUUGUCAAGGACUGCCGACAUUUUACAAACUCAGUUCUUGCGAACAAAACUUUGACUUCUAUGAUCACGAACCUAAUAAAAACCAGCAACAAGUUAUCCAACGAUAAUAUACAGAAAACCAUAGACAAAUCAUCCAUAAACGAAGCUAAAACUAUCAUCAAAGAGUCCACAUCUUGGUUGCACUCUGUCAGAGCGUUUUACAAGAAAAUAGACACGGCAUACUCCGAAGCAUUCCCAGAUUUAGCAAAACCCUUGCAAUGUACGCUCGCCCAAAUUAUAUACUCUGUGGCGAAUUUGACAGAUGCGAUUAGAGAGCUUAUUGCUAAGAUAGAACAAGGGCCAUUGUUGCAUGAAAUGCUGGUGAACUUAGUGGUAUAUCCGAAUGUGAUACCGAAAUCGGAGAGCGAGAAAUAUUUGAACAGAUUCGUGACGUCGAAUUUCAUGCAACUGUUGAAUAGAAAUGUGAUUGCUGGUAACGAAGAUUUUUUCAAAGCUGAGCUGGAAUGUCUAGAAGUUCUCAAGAUGAAUCUCUCCGAGUUGAGCAUGAUAUGCACCGCGCAGGCGCGCGUAGACACAACCGCCAUGCGGGCAGUACUGACGACGCUCGGGGCACUGGUAAAGGCCUGGGAGAAACAGAGAGAGAGCAUAGAGAGACAGAAAAAGGAUGAGGAGGCGUUAUAUGUGACAAAAUCAAAAUGCGAAGAUGAGGAUGACGAUGAAAUAGCAUACGAAGAGAUUAUGGAGAUGUUCCCAUCGUAUUCCGAAGACGAUUUCUCAGAUUUCAAACCUCCAUCCUUAGAACAGAAGGUUGUUAAGAAACCAACAGAGAAACUAAAAUACUUGCUAUCUCCUGAUGACGUCACUUUAAUAUACAAAUGGCACUCAAACUUAGUGAAGAACCUGACAAACGCGGAAUGGUUAGCCAGCCCGAAAAAAUUGGUCGGCAAUGAUGUGAAAUCUCCUAUAUUGCUGAGGUAUCCUACGUUUAGUCGGAUUAUACAGGAGGCGUGGGACGCGAUGGAUGCAGACUUUGAGGGUGUCGCGUCGCCAAGUUUGUUGGUGCUUAUAGCGCAUAUCAAGGCUAAUAUAGAUGGAGAAUCGUCUCAAACCAAAUGUGAUUUCUACCGCUCUGCCUGGGUCUCAGAGACUAGAGAAUGUCUGCCGCUGCUACAGAAAGUCAAAGACAACACCAAUGAGUUGUUGGACCAAUGGCCUGACUUCCCCACUUUGAAAGAUAUUAUCGUAAUAGUCGACAGGAUCCUAAGCUUCCCGAUCACAAGUCCAAUAUCGAGAUUCCUCACUGGUCUAGAGUUACUUCGGGACAAAAUCGAGGAGUGGAAUAAGAAUGCACACAAGGAAAACAACAUGAUAGACAUUUCUCUGGAGGUGGGCCAACAGAUUGUGAACUGGAGGAAACUGGAGAUGACGCAUUGGAAGGAGUGUCUUAAUAGCUUGUAUCAGAGAAAACAAGCUGAAGCACACAAGUACUGGUUCUACUUAUACGGCGUGAUCUCAUCAUAUCUGGACGACAAGCCGACGGGCGAGGCGAUAUCUUCGUCUCGGGUUAUAACCGUACUCAAAGAUUUCAUGGAGAUGUCCAAUUUGGCUGAGUAUGAAGUGAGAUUGGACAUAGUGUAUGUGUACCAUUGUCAUUUGCUGCAUAUGGAGAGUAGUGUUAAAAGAGACGAAUUAAUAUCGAUACUGUGGAACACAUACAACUACUACGCUCAGUUUUUGCCACAAGUGACCACUUAUAUCAAAGAGAAACGGGCACCCAUAGAGAAGAAACUUCGAGACUUCGUCAAAAUAUGCACCUGGGACCGCGAUCUGAGCUACUGGAGUGUCAAGAGUACUGUCGACAAGGUUCAUAAAGCGCUGCAUAAACAUACUAAAGAGUUUGAGAAAGUUCUAAAGGAGAGCGUGCGGGCGCAACUAGUUGCGCCGGGCGGAGGGGCGGGGCUGUGGGACAGACCGCGACGAGGAGCGGCUGCGGGCGGCGCCUACCUCAUAGACCCGCUAUUGCACCUACCGCAAGCGAGGACGCUCAAGAAAUACCUAGACGUAUCCGAUCAGCCGCUACCGAUGUUAUCAGACAGCAGUCUACUCUCAAAGAUACCGAGUCUGUUGAACAAAGCUAAGGCGCUCUGUAAGGACACUAUAACAAACACCGCCUAUCCCUCGCUAGUGCAGGCUUUGGAUGAUUUCGUCACCUUGGUCAUUGAGACUUCUGCACAUCUGGGAUCCUUGGAGGUCGACUCCACAGCACCCAAAGAGAAGCAACUGUCACAAGCGAAGAGUUUCGUCCAACAAAAGAGGAAGGCGCUGGCAGAUCUAUUCAAAUACUUAGCUAGAGUGGGUCUCAACUAUCGGACUGGUCUAGUCAUGUUGUCGGCUGACGAAGAAUUGUAUGACUUUACUAUACCGCCCGUUGAUUUAGAAGCGGCUAUGAGCUUCUUGAAGAGCAGGCGAUGUGACGCCUCCAUGUCACAACUAUGGUCGGGCUGCGAGCAAUACUUCAACAUCAACAUAGCGCGGCAUCGACACCUCAGUGAGGCGCUAAUUUCACCACACAAGGACUUGGGCGUGCAGAAUAUUGAGAGGGUUAAAGGUUUCGCCGCGCAGCUAAUGAAACUGACAAAUACACAAAAGAAGUCAAUAUCCAAGUACUCUAGAUAUAUGUAUGAUUUGCGAUAUGUUGUUACAAAUAUUACUAAUGCGCUAGACCUAGAUGGUGAUGAGAUAAACAUAUGUGCAGUUAAACAAAAGUUACAUCUACUAGCUGAUUGCUACGCUAACACUAGUGUACUACUUGACCAAUUCGUUGCUGUAUUAAAAGCACUACCUGAGAAGACACUUAAUAGCUGUGAACCACAAUUUGAUACUGUGUUUUCUAAUUCACCAAUCGCAAACUGUUUCAAAAACUCAGAAGAAUGGCAGGAAUUGUACAGCCAAGUUAAAGCUAUCAUAAAUAUAGUGGAUAAACAAAAAACGAUCGUUAAUAAAGUAAUAAAUUCAGUACCGAAACAAAUUGGAAGAAACGUAGAAACGCCAAUCGCUUCACAGAAUUAUAUUGACGUUACUAACGAUGCUACAGCUAAAUUGAAAGAUGUUAUUGAUAAGAGUGAAAGCAUUCUCAUUGCGUUUGAUUUUAAACUUAGAACUAAUAUUUGUGGCGAUUACAAACCACAGCACCCAGUAUUAAGAAGUAUUAAUGGAUUAGUUGAUUAUCUUCACGGUACAGUUAAAGAAAUAGAAAAGCUAGACGCGCCUAUGGAUACAAAAAUGGAUGAGGACCAACAAACAACUAUAGUAAAUCAAACGGAAGAUCUAGUCGCUUCCAUGUUACUUAUCAUACAAUCUUUAUACAAAAAUCAUUUACCGAUUGAAAAAAGCAAUGAAAAUAUAGACGUUCUUAAUGCCAUAGAUGAAAUUAUAGACGAAGGAAAUAAAGAAUCAGAGUCUAAAGAUAUUUUAGAAGAGAAACAUCUAAAGGAGCUACUACAAGAAAAAUUAACGAAUGAUUCAAGAAUGUUGCAAUUGGAUUCAUUGAUAACUAAAAUGCGUACUUUGCUAGUAAAUUAUGUUGAAUACGUCGCUUCUUCAAACUGUAUAGAGGAUGUGAAAACUGCUGUUAUGAGACUAGUACCAAUUAUGGAGCAGAUGGUGUUGUUUGUGCAAUACUUUAUAUCUCAGAAGGUGGCAGUCCAUAGGGUGUCCUGCAAAAUGCUGUCUGUUCUAUUGAAGAUCUUCUCCGAUUUGGCUGCUAAUGGUUUCUGUCGUCCAUCGGAUCUAGACAUGGAGGAAGGUGAAGGAGAAGGUGGUCCUGGCAAGCUGGCUGGCGGCAUGGGUCUGGGCGACGGAGAGGGACAGAAAGACGUGUCCGAAAGAAUAGAAAACCAGGACCAACUAGAUGACGCUCAAAAACCGGGCGAAGAGAAGAAUCAAGAAGACAAAGAUUGUAAAGAAGAAGAGAAGGGAGUUAACAUGACUGACGACUUUGACUCACAUUUACAAGACGUCGAAGGCAAAGAUGAUAAAGAUUCAGACGAAGAAAAUGACGAAGACGAUGCUGAUAAGCAAAUGGGUGAAACAGAAAACGCUGCUGAGAAACUGGACCAGCAAAUAUGGGGUUCCGAAGAUGAAGAGGACCCUGAAGAGCAUAAUAAAAAAGAUAAGGAAGAACGAGGUACGGGCGAGAGCACUGGAGAAAAAGAGAUGGGUGCUAAAGAACAAGAGAAAGGGACAGACGAUGGAUCGGAUGGUAAAGAUAAAAAGAAACAGAAAGAUAUCAAUGAAAUGGAGGAACCCGAAAUUGAUGAUGAUCAGAUUGAUCCAUACCACGGCAAUCAACAACAAUAUCCGGAGCCAGAAGAUUUUGAUUUACCCGAAGAUAUGAAUGCGGAUGGUGAAGAAGGGGAAGAUGAUAAGGACGGUGAAACAGAAACGGAAAAUCCAUUUGACAUUGACGUCAUGAAAGACAAAAUACCUGAAGAACAAGACGAUAAAAAUGAAGAAGACAAAGAAAAAGACAACAAAAACGGUCUAGAAGUUUCCAGCGAUGAGGAAGAUGGCGACGAUAAUACAGAACAACAGGAUAACGAAAAUCAAGAAGCAGAAGACGGUCCAGAAAAAGAAUCUAAAGACGAAGCGGAAAAUGAAGAUGAAGAAGGUGACAACGAAGAUAAUCAAGGAGAUUUAAAUAAAGACGAAACUCCGGACGAACAACCAGAACCGGAGUCCAAAGAAGAUAACUUACCAAAGAACAACGAUGAUAUCAACGAAGAAGAUAAAGUAGAAGAGAAAGGAGAAGAUCCGAAUCCUCAAGCAAAUCCGUCCAAUGAUGAUCCAACUGCUGAAGAUAAAGCUGAAAACGCAGAAAUGGAGAGAGGGACCAAUGAUAAUGUUCAAACGAACGCGGAACAAGCUAAGGACGAUGAUGCGGCGCCAUUUGAGCAAACACAAGAGCAAGUUGGCGAAGACCAACAAUCUACUGGUCGCGCGGAGUUGGACAAAAGCGACAAAGGUCACCGCGGCGACAAGCAGGCGACUCGUGCCGAAGCACAGAACAGUCAGAGACGCUUCGAGAACAAACCCGGCAAGACUGACCAGGAGAGGACGCUUGGUGACAUAAACGAGAAGAAACACAAGAAAGCACAUACCAUGGAGCAACAGGACGACGGUGUAGAUGAUACAGGCGCCGACGGGGAGAAGGACGCAGACGCCUACCAACAUACUAAAGAGGGGAAGAAAGAUGAUAUACAGGUGGUGGACGCUGCUACAAAAGAACAAGCAGACCAGCAACCAACCCUGCAGCAUGAAGAUGAAGAAGGAGAGGAGAUGAAAGAAGAUGAUGAUGUAGCUAUGGACGUUGAUGAAGAUAUUGAGAUCGAAAAAUCCGAGGAACUAAAACCAGAGAAGAUAAAAGAAGGUAAAGAGCAGGACGAGACGAAGUCAGGCAAGAACAAAGAGGGAGACGACGCGACGGGCGAGACGGGGAUAGAGAUAGAGGGAGACAAAGUUGUGACUGAGACUGUACCACGAGGGCGGGACACUACUUAUCAUACUAGGUUGGAAGAGAACAAAGAGUACGCUGACGAUCUCACCCUAGAGCAGUACAUACAAUCUCGCCAAUCUAUGUCAUGUGUGAGCGGGACGGGUAGCGCGGAGGCGGCGGGGGCGUGGCGGGGGGCGUGGCGCGGGGCGGCGGGCGCGGCGCGGGCGCUGUGCGAGCGACUGCGCCUGGUGCUGGAGCCGACUGCGAGGUCGAGGAUGGCCGGUGAUUUCCGAACUGGUCGCGCUAUCAACAUGCGUCGUGUUAUUCCAUACAUCGCCUCUCACUUCCGCAAAGACCGUAUCUGGCUGCGGCGGACUAAGCCGGCCAAGCGCGAAUACAAGAUCGCUAUAGCUAUAGACGACUCGAGUUCCAUGGCUGAUAACAGGAGCAAGGAGCUAGCGUUUGAGAGCCUGGCGCUGGUGUCGCAGGCACUCAACCUGCUCGAAUCGGGUGACCUAGCAGUGCUUAGUUUCGGCGAGAACCCGAAUCUACUACAUCCAUUCACCGAGCAAUUCUCAGAGCAUUCGGGCUCGAAGAUUCUAGAACAACUGCGCUUCGAACAAACCAAGACUAAGAUUGCUCAAUUACUGGACUUCUGCACUGUCAUGUUUGACCAGCAAUCUGCUAGGAGCGACGCUUUGAAUGCUAAAUUGUUGGUUAUAGUGAGUGACGGUAGAGGGAUAUACUCGGAGGGGGAAACGAAAGUGUUACAAGCCGUGCGCCGCGCGAGGCAACAAGGAAUAUUCCUGGUAUACGUCAUCAUAGAUAAUCCGGACAAUAAGGACUCCAUAAUGGACAUCCGUCGGCCUGUGAUGGACCCCGUGUCGAACACUCUCAGCGGCUUCGUCCCAUAUUUGGACACUUUCCCCUUGCCCUUCUAUCUCAUAUUGAGAGACAUUACCGCUUUACCGAAUGUGCUGGGUGACGCGCUAAGACAGUGGUUUGAAUUAGCCGCUAAUACAACUAGCUAGUAAGUAAUAUUUACCACUAACGUACGUGCAAUUUAUAACGGGGCGCAGCGCGGCGGGCGCAUUAUUUUUAUAAUCUAUCGCGCAUACCUUUUCUUAUAAUUUAGAAAUAAAACAUGUAGGGAAAAUGCCUGAUGAAGUGAUGACUUAGCCCGAGUGCGCACUAGCGGCCAUCGAAAGUAUGGUGUGGCCGCUG